AUGAGCUCAGGCUAUCAGGUCCCUCCGCAGGCUCACCACGCAGUCGAGAUAGAGGCCGACGAGGAUGAAGAUGACCUGGUAGCUUACGGCUCGUCUGGCAACGCACAGAGCAAAGGCAAGGCCAAAGAUUCCUCGAGCGCCAAUGCGCCGCUGCUCUCGACACAGAGCUCAGGCGCGGCUGAUCAGCUAUCGGGUUCAAUCGGCAAGCCUCAAGCGGGUGCCAGCGCCAGCAGUCGGUCGAGUCCAGCAGGCCACAGACAGACCAUUGGCGGCAUCCAAGUCGAAUCGCGCUUUGGCGGCGUGAGCACGCUCGACGAGCCCGUCUCCGAGACUAUCUUGCGUGAUGCCAAAGCAAUAAGUGACAAGAUGGUACAAGUCCUCAGACCGACGCGAACGACGGCCGUCUUGCGCGAAUGGGAUCUCUGGGGUCCCUUGAUCUUCUGCCUCGCCCUCGCUGUGAUGCUCUCCGUCAACGCUCCCGAAAGUCAAAGCUUAUCUGUCUUUACCGGCGUCUUCGUCAUCGUCUGGCUCGGCUCAGUCGUCGUCACACUCAACGCGAAGCUAUUGGGUGGCAAAGUAUCAUUCUUCCAGUCGCUGUGCGUGCUCGGCUACUGUAUCUUCCCGCUCGUCAUCUCCGCAUUCGUCACACUCUUCGUCCGCUUGCUCUGGGUCAGAAUACCGGUCUGCCUUGCAGGCUUUGCAUGGGCAGUCUUUGCCGCCGUCAAUUUUCUCGGUGGCACGCGACUGGAAGACUCGAGAGCAGUGUUAGCAGUCUACCCCUGCUUCCUGCUCUUCUCUGUGCUUGCAUGGAUCAUCAUGCUGUCAUAA